AUGGACGCCUACAGUUUGAAGAAGGACAAUAGGAAGAAGUUCCAGGAUAAACAAAAGUUAAAGAAUAAACAUUCCACACCUAGUGAUCGUAAAUACAAGGCAGUGAAAAAAGCUGAAGAAGACAAAGCUGCUGAGGAAUUAAAAGAAAAGGAAGAAGUACCAUUACCAAGCAAUUCAGAUCGAUAUAACGAAGAUGUAUAUCUAGCAUAUGAUGGUAUGAAUGAUGACGUUAUAACUAAUCAAGCAACCAAGACCUUGAAGAAAAUUCUUCAAGAGCGUUCUGAUAAAUCUGUCUAUGGGGAACCAGGAUCUGAAGAUAUGUUGAAAAAAGAGCAGUUAACAAGCAAAGACUUGAGAUCAAUGGAUAUCGACCAACUAAAUUCAUUGUUGAAGAAAACAACAGUGAAUUCAAAUAGUCCAAGUUCGACAAUUGGCAAGGACAAAUCUGUAGAAAUCGAACCCCAAGAACCCAAUUUUAACGCUAGAGACACCGGGAAGAAAUUACAACAACCUUCAAAGGAAAAGUUACCUUCUAUACUACCCAAUGCCCUCAAUGAAGAUGAAGGUUUCCUCGACAGUUUGAUAUAA